CUGGUUACAAGACGAUGAAAAAUGUUUACAAAUGGCUGUCUUCGAUCAUGCAGUGCGUUAAAUUAGACUAGUCCCCAGUUUUAUAACCAACGAUGGGGUCCGGGGGAAGUAAAUCUAGUCAGGUGCAGGCAGUCCAUUUUGAACCAGAAAGAGACAAAUCAGAGUCCAGACCAUCUUCUGGCAGCAUCAAGCGGACCCAAUCCAGGAACUCCAAAGUUGAGAAUGGCGUAAUUGAAGAUGUGGAUAGUAAAUUACAAGCAGCACAGAAGAAGAUAUUGGAACUAGAAAAACAGUUGGCCGAGACAGAGAGUGAGAACCUGGACUUACAGGACCGUGUCCAGGGGCUGGAAUGUCAGCUUGACCAGUCAUCUCGACUACAAACUGUCCAGGAAGUGGAAGAACCUCAGGAUCUAACAGAGACCUUUAGAGCCAAGGACAUGCUCAUAGCUAACACAGAGAAGGAAAAGAAAGCUCUUCAGACAGAAUUCACCAAAAUGAAAAACCGUUACAGGAAGCGGAUCAAGACUUUGAUGAACCAAGUAGCUGAAGCCAAACAGGAGCAGUCAAUCCAGAUGUUUGAGCUACGAGACGAGAUCACUCGGCUGCGGGAAGAAAACAGGAAAGUUAGAGAAAAGAGUAGUUCUGCUUCCAGUAAGACCUCUACUGAAGAACUUCAAGGUUCAAACAAAAUGAUGAUUGUGUUGGAACUUUCCAAUCAGGUUUCUGAGCAAGCAAGUACAAUCAGUAAACUGGAGCGAGAAAACCAAGAGAAACAACUGAUAAUUGACAAACUUUUAACAGAGACUAAGAAUGGAACUAAAGCAAAAUACUUCUCCUUACUAAGCCAAGAAGAGAUGGAAAAGGAUAAAGAAAUAGAGGAAAGAAAUUCUUUACAGAAAUUAUCUUCUGGCUUAGGACAAUAUAAAAAACCUCCUUUGUUCGGAGGGGUUGAUAGAAAACAAGACAAUGACAUUGAGGACGAACGAAAUUGUUCUGGUGCUAGUAGGGAUUCGGGGCUGGGAUCUGCUGGCAGAAAUAGUAAAAAUCCUCCAAAGUUAACCCGAGGUUCAUCAAAACUGUCCACACUGUCAGACUCGGAUUGGGAGUCGGAUGAGCCGUUGUCUGUACAGUCUAAAAUUCGUAGUGCUCCAGCUGAUGUCCAAGCCAAGCGGACAGCUUCCAGGUGUAGUACACUCAGUAAUAAAACUGUAGAAGAUGAUGGUAUAUCAGUAGAUGAUAGUGCCUCUGUAUCAUCAAUGACCAAAAAAUCAAAGAAAAUGUCAUACCUUCAACGAAGAUUUCGACCGGACAUUGGACAUGGGGACACUACAAGGUCACCACUGCCUGCUAUGAAUGCAUUUGAGAAAGAGAGCAUUUCAGAAAAAAAUCAUUUUUUCCUCACCCAGACUGAUUCCCCUAUUAGUGAAUCAGACCCUGUGAUGGCAUAUUAAACUCAUAUACCCAACCUUCGAUUCCCCUCCAGUCUGUCUCUCAACAUAUUCUUUCCUACAAAAAAUCACUCUGUGCUUUCACUUUUUGAAAAAAAUUAUAUUCAGUGGAUGAUGCCAACAUGAAAUCAGUGAAGUGUUUAUGUCUUGGACAGGAAUGUUGAGAUGAAGUUUAAAAUUGUUCUUUGUUCUUUGAUUGUAAAAGUCUGAUAAGAUAUAUAUUACAGAGAGAUUGAGAUGUACAAGUAAAUGUAAAGUAAGAAACCAGAGACAUCUAAUACUUCAUACUUAAUACCUUCACCUCAUUUCCCUAUUACAGUAUUGUACCCUAUAUAUAUACAUGUCUAUAUGCCAGUUCUGUUUUGAUAUCUACCCGGUACAUUUUUUAUUAUUGCUUCUUAAUUUGUUUAGUUUGUUUAUACAAACAUUACAACAGUAUUAUGUUUUCAAUGAUAAAGACGUCCACUCAUUAAUAACUGGUAGUAUUUAAUCAUGGAGUUGUGUUGUUUAAUUGUACAGAGAAAUAAAUAAAAAGAAAUCUAGAAAUACUAGGAUGGGGAGAGGUGCGGAAAUGAGGAAGUAGGGGGUGAGGAAGUGCGAGGGAUUUUAUAAUUUGUAUACAAUGUUUCAGUAUAUACCUUGUAAUUUUAAGAUUUUUUUUCUCAAAAGUUUCACUUUUAUUCCGCCUAGCUCAUUUAUAAAUAUAUUUAUUCCAAUUCCGUCCAGCACAUUUAUAAAUAAUAAUGCAUAUACAUGAUGUAUUCUUAUUUAUAAUAUAUAUUCAUAUACAUAAGAUAUUUAUAGAGGCUGUCAAGAAUGGGGUUCAUGUAUACCUUCACCAAAGGCUGAAUCAUGGCAACAUCUUCCUUAUCAUGUCCCUGGAAUGGCUAUUUUUUUCAUUUCCUUAAAAGGUUACUCAAAUCAAAGCAGAGUCCAGCAAAUCUUAGGUAUUUUGCGUCUAUUAAAACCCUCCUGAAAUACUCAAAUACUAAAAGUUAAUACAUGUACUAUGUCUAAUCUGAAAUACCCAAUGUCGUAAAAAGUCAUAGCAACUAAAACAAAAUAUAUACCAUAUUUAAAAGGAUUUAUUGUUUUUCUAUAAUUGGUUGUGCUAGUAUUACAAUUGUAGAUAUGGGAAAAAUACACAAAGUUGAUCAGAAUGGGGAAAACUAAAAUUGGGAUAGCCCUGUAUUGGUCUUGGUAUACAUUAACGUACCUUAGAGCCAUGGUGAAGUUAAGUUGGACAUACAAAGAUUUUUUUUCAGAAUGUAACAAUAUUGCAGUGGAGCUAUCUUUAACAUCAGUAAUUUGUGAUAAUUCCUUGUGGUUUGUGUUUUAUAUAUAUAUAUCUAGUUUAAAGUUUGGUAAGUUUUAUGAGGCAAUUUUGAAAAUUGGUGAUGUUUGAUGUAUUGAGUAAUUGCUAGUAUUAAACAGACAUAUUUUGUGACACAGAUCAUUGAUUUACUGUGAUAUAAUCCAUCCAGUGUUUUCAGUAAUGAUAACACAUCUGUGUUUUAAACAUGAUUAUAGACUUACCACUUCAGAUGUUCAGGUGAGUGUCAAGUACGAUAUAUACAUGUAUAUGAUUCUGAUCAAGGUGUGGUUUGUUUAUAUAUACACACACGCCUUAAAUCUUCUUCUGUUACAAAAACUUAUUAAACUGUUGAUUUAAAUUUAA